AUGGCUCAAUUUAGUGCAUUAGAAAAAUUAGGGAUUACGUUCCUUGCAGCCAUAUUAUUUACUAUUUUGAUAAAUGUGCUAAAAUUUGUGUAUACUUAUGUUGUUGGUCCAACAAUGAACAAAGUGGAUUUUAAAUCUAAGGGAAAGUGGGCAUUAAUCACUGGGAGUACUGAUGGCAUCGGAAAAGAAUACGCUAAAGAGCUGGCCGCCCGUGGCUGUGAUAUUAUUCUAGUCAGUCGAUCGAUGGACAAACUGAAGACAACAGCAGAAGAAAUAGAAAAGGACUUCAAAGUGAGCACGAAGAUAAUUCAGGCGAACUUCAGCGACGGCGAAGAUAUCUAUGACAAAAUAGGAAGAGAAAUUGCGGACCUCGAGAUUGGCACUCUGGUUAACAAUGUAGGCGUGUCGUACAUUUACCCGGAGUAUUUUCUCGAUAUCCCUGAUUGGAAACAAACAUUGGAGAACAUGCUAAAAACCAACUGCGUUUCCGUGACACGCAUGACCGGCUUGAUCCUGCCUGGUAUGCUCAAACGCGAAAAGGGAGUAAUCAUCAACGUGGGAUCCGGUUCCUCGAUGAUACCUAGUCCGCUGUUAACCGUAUAUGCUGCCACGAAGGCUUACGUUGAUAAGUUUACUGAGGGCAUUGAAAUGGAGUAUAACAAAAAAGGCAUAAUAGUACAAUGUGUUAUGCCCGGCUUUGUUUGCUCCAACAUGUCUGGUAUACGCCGAAGCUCAUUUUUUGCUCCUACCGCUAAAGCAUUUGUGAAAUCCGCUAUUAGCUUAGUGGGAACGACGUCAAGAACUACUGGAUAUUUGCCACACGCAUUGUUCUUGAACGCGAUCAAUACAAUCCACGCACUUACUGGACGCUUCGGGGUCUGGCUUGUUACUCGUUCAAUGGAAAACAGCCGCAGGAAGGCAUUGAAGAAGUAUAAAAAACAAUAA